CCCGCGACCAAACGUCGCGGAGAUUUUGCGGAAGACCUUUAACUGUUACUACACGUUUUCGAUCUGUCAUCUUCCAUCUGUUGACCCUCAUCUGUUGAUAACAAACAGGCCACGCAUGUAACUUGUUAUCACAAGUGUAGGCCUCACCAUGACAAUGGAAGAUCGUUCGGGACCAAGCAUCGAUCGCGCAGACGGUGCAGCAUCUGCUCACUCAUGUACAACUCAAGUAAAAACUGCGACUGCUGAUGGGAUUCCUUCUGAUGCAUCUUAUCCACUUCAUCGGAAUGGAUCAAGUGCCAAUAAACGUUCAUUUGAUGUUGCUUUUCUGGUUGCUCCAGAUGAGAAACUUGCUAAACGUCAAAGUACUACAUUGAUUGAUCAAGGAAUUGAAAAUCGUCAAAGUCCGGGAUAUAAUAUACCUGUAUCACUUGCUGAUCUUCGUCAUCCAGUGAUAUCAAUUAGUGAUCGAACCAGUCCAAGUUCUCUAUCAGCAAGUCCACCUGCACCAGCAUUUCAAGGACUCCAUCAUCCAUCACAUCUUUCAGAACAUCCCAGGCAUCAUAUUAAUCAUCAUCAUGAAGAUACACCACUUGGUCAGAUUCCUAAAAGUGCUUUUACCAAAGUCAGCAGUAUUAGUUUCGAUGAGAAUCAAGGAAGUACUCCAAGAUCUUCAAUAUCACCUGAUCGUCCAAAUUAUCGAAACAGUGUUAGUCCACCCAAUGGACCACCAAUUAAAACAGCAUUAAGAUAUGGAACUUUUGCUGCUGCAGCGGCCGCCGCAGCUGCUGCUGUUUCAACUCCUUUUCCAUUCCUCGUAAAUUCUGGAAGUCCUGGAGAACCUGCAGUUCAACCAAGUAUAACUACAACUGCACCUGGAUUAGCAGAAAAUUUAAAAAUUGGACGCAAAAUAAAUAAUGCUGCUGAAUCAACAGGAUUUAGAGCAUCAAAUGAUCUUUCUCCAGCUGCUGCUGCUGCAGUGUAUUCAAAUCUUUCUUACUCACCGAUUUCUGUGUUCCCCGCGCCAAUGACUGAAGCCCUCGUGCGACCAAGACACUUUCUCGGUGUCACUGGAGUAACUGGUGUUGCUGGACUGCUACCACCAUCAUUCGCGUUGAGUCUACCGGCUCAGAAUAUUUGUGCAAAGUGCAAUCUGUCAUUUAGAAUGACAUCAGACUUGGUUUAUCACAUGAGAUCACAUCAUAAAAAUGAAAAUUCAAGUGAAGCUGCUAGACGACGGCGAGAAGAAAAACUUAGAUGUCCAGUUUGUGAUGAAAGCUUUCGAGAAAGACAUCAUUUAACUAGGCAUAUGACUGCUCAUCAAGACAAAGAGAGCGAUGUUGUUGUUGAUCAACAACAACAGCAACAAAUUCCAUUACCAACAAUGAAGAGAACCUCCGGUGGACCGACGGUUGUUCAUGGAACUGCCAAGUGA